AUGACCACCAAUCGGGUCAGACACAUUGUUGUGCUGGGCGCAGGUGUAAUUGGAUUAACCACUGCACUUAGCAUUCAGGAACGCGGUGGCUAUACUGUGUCCAUCGUAGCUGAGGCACUUCCAACGGACCCCAAAUCCAUCAAGUACACUAGUCAUUGGGCUGGUGCACAUCAUGUGAGUCAUGCGAAGGGGGAGCCUCGUCAGACCAAGAUCGAUCAAGAUACGUUUAGGGUCUUCUGGGAGCUUUCUGCCCCCGGUGGGCGAGCAGAACAUUGCUUCAUGAGGUUACAUCAAUCGGAAUUCUCUACCAAGGUCGUUGAAGGAGAGAAUUCACUAUCCUGGUAUCCAGACUUCAAGGUCGUUGAACAAAAUAGACUCAUUCCCGGAGCUGCCUAUGGCGUAGAAUUCUCAACCGUCACCAUCGACACGCCCGCGUACACGAAUUACCUUCUUUCUCGUUUCCUUGCAGCUGGAGGGUCCGUCAUUCGAGGUUCAGUGCAACAUAUCAACCAGGUCGUGGAAGGUGGUGCGCGUAUCUUCAGUGACCCCAAACGACCUUCUCCUGUCGAUGCUAUGGUGGUCUGUACUGGUAUAGGGGCCCUUACUUUGGGUGGAAUUGAGGAUAAGACGGUGUACCCGAUUCGUGGUCAGACCGUGCUCAUACGAGCACCCUGGGUCAAGUUCGGAAGGACCAUCAACUCACAUAACACCUGGACGUAUAUCAUCCCAAGGCCGUCUGGAGAUGUGAUUGUGGGUGGGACUAGGGUCGAGAACGACUGGUAUCCAAUUGCCAGGUCCGAAACGACAGAAGAUAUAUUGAAACGUGCAAUAACGUUGUGUCCGGAACUAGCGCCUCCAGAAAUACGGGCAAAGUGUACACCCACAAUCGACGACGUACGGCCCAUCAUCAUUGAAGAAGGGUGCGGCCAUCGACCUGCGCGCAAAGAUGGAAUCAGGUUGGAAGUUGUCUGGUUCCAAGGGAAGGACAAGAAGGUACCUGUGGUUACGAACUAUGGUCACGGCGCAUCAGGAUUCCAGUCUUCAUGGGGUUCAGCCGCGAUUGCUGUCGAGUUACUCGAAGAUUCUCUUAUAAAGUCUAAGCUUUGA